UCGGCAUUGUUCGGCUUGAGUCUUGAGUCGGACGUCUCUUCCUGUGAGCGCCUUGGCUCGCCUGGAACCUCGCCAGAGCAGGUACUAAAAAAGUACCAGGUGCUAUGCUAGUGGGAACGCUACUGAACUGUGCCGAGGCGGUGGAAACACGCCAUAAGACCGAGAUAAAUACGUAACAAAAUACAGCCAAACGAUACUUAAUUUUUCAAUCAAUAAUUUUACUCUGUCUUUGUUACUCGUUACGACCAAAUGAAAUCAGAAGAAGGUCUGUAUGUAUUUAUAUAGAGCUUUUCUACACUACAGUUUUCACCCAUUCUCAUGCUGCAACAUAAGGGUUAAGUGUCUUUGCUCAAGGACACACACAUAGACAAGCAGAGCCAGGAACUGAACCCACAGCCUUCCAGUUGAAGGACAACUCGCCCUACCACUGAGCCACCAUUGCUCAAUCCUAACUGCUCACUUUUUUACAACAAAUGUCAUAAAUUUAGUAAUAUUGUACCAAAGUCAUUUUCUGGUAAAAUACUUGUACCUUUACUCCAGUGACCUUUAAAGUACUUUAUAUAAGACUGCUCUUUAUUGUUUGUGAUUAAAGUAAUAAAAUGAUAGUGUUUUUUGGCGAGGGCGUAAGUUUGGACGCUGCCAAUGUGCCCACAAAACUUAUGAGCAUCAUUUGAUUUAUUUAGAUUUUGUGGCAGUACAAUUCUACCGGAGGUUCUACCAUAACAACAAGUAUAUGAGCACAAAAACCUCUAUUUCCCUGCUUUCCUGGUAUCCAUCCAUUAAUCUAUUACCGCUUUAUCCUCCACAUGAGGCUCACGGGGGGUGCUGUGCCAAUCUCAGCUGACACAGAGCGAAAGGCGGACUCACACCCUCUCGACAGAUCGCCAGUCUAGACGUCACAAACGGUCUAAGGAUUUAGGGUAACGAGACGUACGCAUGACAAAUCCUGUCGGCGAUGGUUAAACAGUGCAGGCGCGUACACGUUACCCGUCUCUAAUGUUGGUUGUGGAUUUGUCUUCCCUUGAUUUUUCGGUUAUAUUUUAACGACUCCCCACCGUCAUACAGUUUGACUGCCUCCAUGGGAGCCUGGACGAGUGUCCAAGAUCAAAUAUUUUACAAAAACAAAAAAAAAAAUCCUCAGUGAACAAAGAUAAAACUGAGACCUUGUGUUAAUAAUUAAAGAGCAGCGACGACCACUCGUCGGAUUCCUUUUGAAACACGAACCAAAAUCCGACAUGUCGGGUGACGCCUCAUGACCGAAACCCCCGCCCUCCAUCACCUGUCACCUGCUGUUGUUUUCAAUUUCAACUCGAGUGUCCAUGAAUUAUAGAUUCUGUCUUUUUCACUUCACAUGGCAGCUGACGCCACACAGCUAAGGUAGCGCCCCCCUCUGGCAGGAAACACAACCUCUAUAGACCUCGAGAAAGUCCCACAACUUCUCUCUACUCCAGCUGUUCUCAUCAUAAAAGUGAAGACAGUGGGGACAGGCUAACGUGCUAACGGGAGGACAUUUUAGCGUGUCCCCACAGAUCCAGAGAGACGGUGGAUGUGAAUCACUGCCGUGAAAAGUGUGAGGACGGAGCGAUGGGACCUGGAUUCACCGUCAUGUAAAGGACAAAGUGGACGGACAGUGUGGAGAGGAGACUGUGGAUGAUUUACUCACUCACACGUGGUAGCAGACGCUAAAUCGCCGCGCUCACCUGAGCGUCAGUCAUGUUUGUCGACGAGUAGAGUGGCUUCAGUUUUCUGUCACAUUCAAAGCAACGUUGUCUUAAGGGGACGUUUGUCUCUUUCAUGUCUUUGUCCCUCUGUCCUCACUGCAUCAACUGUUCUGUCCUUCAGCCACGUCGUUUACGCCAAGUUUCCAUUUCAGAGGACACUCAUCACCCCUUACCUUAUCCUAAACCUAAUUCUAACCCUUAAACCAGGUCUUAACCUUUAAUCCCUUAACCAUAACCAGUUAAGGAUUAACUUUAACCUUAACCGAACCACAAUACCAAUCUUAGUCCUCAACGUCAGUAAGGUUCUGCCUCACUGGGACCAGGUUUUGGUCUCCAUGAGGACUUUCCCCAUUCACAUUACCAACUCAUGUAAAUCUGAAGAGUGAAGCGAGGAGGAGAUUAACAGAUUAAGAGGAAAUAAAUAAAUAAUCUGACAGACAUGUGGUAAAGAAGUCAAAACCUCAGCUCCUCCCAUUCCCCUCUUCUUUUAUAACCUGAUUUAAUCCAGGUUGAUUUGGUUCAGUGUAGAUGAUGUAGAUUAUUCUUAUUCUUAUUGCUGCUGAAUCAUUUUGAAACGAACCCUCACAACUUCUCUUUGCUUUUACUUUUCUUGUUUCUUUCUUGAGCUUUUGUUGAGUGAACUUGAGGCGACUGAAGGUUAAUUGAGCUGCGUCGUCACAGCCGUCAGCCAAUUCUUCUUCAAUUCCUCCUGGAAAUUAAAGUAAGAGCCCUUUCCAAGUGGGCAGGAGGCCAGAGCCGGACCAUCCAACAGAACAGAAGAAGUACACACUGUUAAAGAUUCUUUCUCUUCUCUCACUCUCACACACUCUCACACACACACAUCAGCAGCAGCAGCAGCAGCAGCUCUGCGGCUUUUCCCCUCAUUUGUCAGAUUUGUUUGAAUGUGACCCAAAUUCAACCCGUCUUAAAAGGACAGCGCCGCUUUUUUAAAGUGUGGUUGUCCGAGGCACUGACACACAGUCAAGAAAUAACUGAUUACGGUAUCAAGUUAUAUCUUUCUAUUUUUAUUAUUAAUAGAUAGAUUUUGCGUCAUAAAUCCGUUUGUAUUGUAAACCAUUUAUCGUCCCAUGUCAAAGCAAAGACUUUUAUUUUGAAAUCACGUGAAAUGUCAUUGUAAAUAUUGUUUCUCGUUUCUUAUGACUGGCCCCGAGGUCAUACGAGUUUAUGAGAGGUCCCUGAUCCCACGGAAUCCUGUGAUGGAGGAGAAUGUAGUUUCACCUGAUGUCCACUUGAGGGCGACAAAGCAUAGCAGGCGCCAAGAGCCGCUGGAGGAGGACGGUCCGGUGGGAGGCGGUAGAUGUCAGCGGCGGCUCCGCUUCUGGAAGUCAUGAGCCGCCCGUCUUCAGCCGGAGCCGGGGGAGGAGGGGCCGGGAAAGCAGGCGGAGGGAAGCACGGAGGCUCUGGAGGAGUCACCGCCGGCGUCACAGCGGCAGCCGCCUCCGGUGUGAGCUCCGUGCCCGGGGGGUCGGGGUCUGUCGCCCCUUCCGUCGCCGUGACCCUGAGCUUGGGCGGCCUUACCGGGCAGCCGUCGGAGCUCACGGCGCUGUUCGAGUGUCCGGUGUGCUUCGACUACGUCCUGCCGCCCAUCCUGCAGUGUCAGGCGGGUCACCUGGUGUGUAACCCGUGCCGGCAGAAGCUGAGCUGCUGCCCCACCUGCCGCGUCCCGCUCUCCCCCAGCAUCCGCAACCUGGCCAUGGAGAAGGUGGCGUCCACUCUGCCCUUCCCCUGCAAGUUCUCGUCCUCCGGCUGCCUGCUGUCUCUCCACCACAGCGAGAAACUCGACCACGAGGACGCAUGCGAGUUCCGGCCAUACUCGUGUCCGUGUCCUGGGGCGACCUGCAAGUGGCACGGCUCCCUGGAGGCCGUCAUGCCGCACCUGACGCACGCGCACAAGUCCAUCACCACGCUGCAGGGCGAGGACAUCGUCUUCCUGGCGACCGACAUCGACCUCCCCGGCGCCGUGGACUGGGUGAUGAUGCAGUCGUGUUUCAGUCACCACUUCAUGCUGGUGCUGGAGAAGCAGGAGAAAUACGAGGGCCACCAACAGUUCUUCGCCGCCGUGCUGCUCAUCGGGACGCGCAAGCAGGCCGACGGCUUCGCCUACCGCCUGGAGCUCAACGGUAACCGCCGCCGCCUCACCUGGGAGGCCACGCCCCGCUCCGUCCACGACGGCGUGGCGGCCGCCAUCGUCAACAGCGACUGCCUGGUGUUUGACACCGCUGUCGCGCACCUGUUCGCCGACAAUGGCAACCUGGGCAUCAACGUCACCAUCUCUGCAUGCUGACAUGACUGCGACGGGUGUCUGACCCCCAGUGGGGAGGGGCCUUUACCCUCCGCCUCCAUCUGUCGUCACCGCAUUGAAAACAUGACGCGGAACUAUGACCUCACACCGUCUCCACCGGCAGCGACGCAACCUAAGCGUCUCUUUAAGUUUAUCGUGAACUGAAUAAAUCUUUCGGUUUCGAUAUCGCGGUUCGUCAUGGUUGCGACUUUGAUGAUUGUACAGAGCAAACGUUUGAACAUUGGUUGAUUGACAGGCGUGUCGGCCAGUCGUGGCGCUCGCUCACAGGAAGUGACGUUUACGUGAAAAAAACUAAUUACAGAGUUGUUUUUGUUUGUAGUUUUUAAAUAUUUAAACUCUUUCUCUAAAUGAGGAUGAAACAUUUUGUAAAAAUUAGAUCCAAUGUUUAUUGAUCGUCUUUUUAUCGAUCAGCUGAUGAACGAAUUAAACCUAAGACGCGAUUUUUUUUUACACUCAAAACCAAAGAUUCAGUUUAUGAAAUAGAAAAUCUUCAUCUUUCAGUGAAUAAACACUUUUUCUAAGUUCGCACGAAAAUACGGAGAAUUCCCAAAAAAUUCUUUAUUUCUAUUCGCACGAGAUCGAACAGGCGACACAACCUCGAAGGGUGUCUGAUGCUCGGGGGGGCGUGGCCUUACCCUCCGCCUGUUGUCAUCAGAUUUUAAACGUCCUGCAGUGACGCCGUAAUGCGACCGCCUCCGCCCCCAGUGCGUCUCUCUCGUGUUUCGCUGAUGAUGCAGCGAUAUAUUUAGAAACUCAAACACCUGCACGCGUCUAUUUUCUUCGUCCGAUGUUUGCAUUCCUCCAUUCUGAUGGAUUCAAGCCGUGCUCACAGCACCCCCUGUUGGAGUACAUGUUGUAUGUCGAGACUAUCAGAAAUUGGGAUUAAGUGACAGCACCAACACACACACACACAUAUUUAACCGCCAGCGCCUUAAACUUCACCCGCCCCCAUUUUAGUGCUGACGUCCCCACGGAAAACAAAUCUGAAGUUACCUCUGACCUUUGACCCUCACACCCUGGCGGUGUUUUUUCCAACACAACCUUUCACCAAAACUGGACGACUGGUUCGUUCGUUGGACGAUGAUGUGAUGACGUUGUUUUUGUUGCAGAAAUAAACAUGUGGUAUAAUGUG